GAGUAAGAAUGUUAGAUGGUACAGUAAACGAUGCUGUUGAAGCUCGCGCGUUAGGUUUAAACAUCAAUCAUAUAGAUAUAUACAGUGCUUCUUGGGGUCCAGAAGAUGAUGGUAAGACUGUUGACGGACCUGGACCAUUGGCAAGACGAGCAUUCAUUUACGGAGUGACUUCGGACCCAAGUGCUAGUACCGAUAUAAACGACAAUGAUGAUGACCCUAUGCCUCGGGACAAUGGUGACAACAAGCACGGGACKAGGUGCGCCGGUGAAGUAGCUGCUAUCGCAUUUAACCAGUAUUGUGGUAUYGGCGUGGCAUACAAUGCCAGUAUUGGAGGAGUAAGAAUGUUAGAUGGUACAGUAAACGAUGCUGUUGAAGCUCGCGCGUUAGGUUUAAACAUCAAUCAUAUAGAUAUAUACAGUGCUUCUUGGGGUCCAGAAGAUGAUGGUAAGACUGUUGACGGACCUGGACCAUUGGCAAGACGAGCAUUCAUUUACGGAGUGACUUCG